AUAAAGACUAAAACGUAACAAACAAACAUAACUGCGAGCUUGUAGUUGGAUUUUUUAUCAGUUAAAACUUUUGGAAAAUUAAAUUACACCAGUCUUGAUUUAAAUAAGCAUAAAGAAAAAGUAAGAGAGGGCGUUAUAAUAAAAAUAACAUCAACAUUUGUCAACUACAAAUUUCAAGUUCAACUCUGUAACUAACUGAAGAUAAAAAUUAUGGAAAAAGAUAAAGAAACUCAGCAUCCUGAUAAAAAAACCACUGUCAGUGAUAUGGAAACUGAUGCUAUCAGUAAUGAACCUGGAAAUUCAACCAUUUCUCAUCAAGCAAUGAGUGAUAAUGAUGUAGUGCAGGCGAGUAACAUUGACAAAGAUGAUCCUAACAUUGGACCAAGUAAGAAUGCUCCUGUUGAGAAAGAAGAUGGAAAAAGACAAGUGCCUGUUAAUAUCCCAAUAUCUGCAUCUUCUCCAACUGGCACUGUUAUUAGUGGCAUUCCAGCUUCUCCACCAAGGUUUGUGUCUUUAGAACAGUUUAUGAAAGCAGCUUCUGGAAUAUCGGACAUGUUGCUGACUCAUGAGAUAGCUGUGAAUGAAGAUUUUGCUUUAGAGAAGAAAGAAACUACUGGAAAGAGUCUCCAAGAUCAAGUUAAGAAAAUAGUACAUCAAGCAUUUUGGGAUUUACUAGAGGAAGAACUAAAGGAAGAUCCUUGUAAUUACACCCAGGCUAUGGUUUUGUUACAUGAUGUGAAAGAGGGAUUGAUGUCUUUACUGCUGCCUCAACACAAUCGAUUAAGGACCGAGAUAGAGGAAGUCCUAGAUGUGAACUUAAUUAAACAACAAGCUGAGAAGGGAGUCCUUGAUGUUCAGAAAUAUGCUCACUUUGUGUUGUCUGUGAUGGCUCGUCUCUGUGCUCCAAUCCGAGAUCAGAGAAUUCAGGAAAUUAUGACAAUGACAGAAGUUUCAUCUUUGUUCAAAGCGAUCUUAGAAACUAUUGAUCUCAUGAAACUAGACAUGGCUAACUUCACAAUCAAGCAGUUUAGACCUCACAUUCAACAAUGCUCUAUAGAUUAUGAGCGGAAGAAAUUUCAAGAAUUUAUGGAAAAACAGAAGGAAUUAUGUGUGGAUGGCUUGGAGUUCACUCGACAGUGGUUGAGGAGGAGCUUUACAAAGCUGCAACAUGAGUCACCUGCAGAGUUUGGUGAUAAAGCAGGUGCUAGCAAAGUUCCUGUUUCAUCAGAGCACAAUGUGUUAAUAACAGCCUACAUUGAGCUGCUUGAGUGGGAUGAUAACAAUGUCUUUCCUGAAUCCUUGGUUAUGGACAAAUCUAGAUUCUUGACUAUUAGAGGCCAGGUGACCAUGGCAACACUGGUGGCUUCUGUGCUUUUAGUAACUUAUAGUGUUAUUGGUAGUCCUGUUCAGGAUGUCAAUGACUUUAAGGAACACCUGAAGGAAAAUGUUAUGAUAUUGAUGGAGGAAUGUUCUCAGUGCAGUGAAAGUGAACUUUUUUCUAAGCUGGAAGGUGUUGCCAUUUACGUUAUCCAAGAGUGCCAGAAGUUUCUCAUAAAACAUGACUUUAAACCCCUCACUGGUGAUCAGGAAGACAGCUUAAAAAUUCAAAUCCGUAACAUCUCAUCAGCAAACCACAGGGUUCGAAUUAUUGUCAGAGACAGAAUCUUUCAGUUUGUGAAAGAUGUGAUUUCUUCUUCAACAGCCAAUCCUGUUCAGGUUCCCAUUGGUUUGUCUAUUCUUAAAACAGAACUGACAAGCAUUGCUGGUCAGUUUCUGAAAAUUGUCACAUACAAUCGUGCUGUGUUUGGAGACUACUACAGUGAAAUCAUCAAGGAAUUUGCCGUGUAAAACCUGGAGAUGAUGUAAAAGAUACAUGAAUAUAUAGUCAAGUUUGGACAUUGGCCAUAGUUUAAGAAACACGCAUAAUGUAGAGUGGUCAAGAAAAACUCCGAAAAAUAACGGUAACAGUGAUUAGUUGUUGUUAUGUGCCUUUGAGGGUUAAAAAAAAUAUAUACUUUUUGUUAUCAAGUAUACCGAACAAACAAAUUGUAGUAGUAUUGAAAUGUGAGUUAUCUGUGUGAAAGAGUUAUUUACACAAAAAGUAUAGAUUUUCUAUAUAUCUCGUAUCACGCAUUUUGAAAUAUCUCUGAAGAUGUUAUGUUUAUGUUGUAAAUGUUAGCUGCGUAUUAUACCUUUAUUGUUUGUCUGGGUGGGGUUAUGCUUUUAUUAACAGUUCACCAAAAGUAAUUUAUUUCUUCUGAUUUUGGUGAUAUUUAUAAGUUUGUAUAGUAACUUACUAUACAUCAAAGUUAAAUUAAUUAAAAUAUUGGUUCACAUUAACACCCAGUCUACAAGUCGUGAGACAUGUUUUGAUGGGUUGGAUCCCACAUAAAGCUUUCCAGUACUUUCUUCUUUUUUUAAGUUCUGAAUAGAAAUUUAAACUCCUUGAAAUACUUGGAAUCUGAACAUCCCACCAGCAUGGCCAAAUUCACACUAUAUUUCAGGUUACGGGGGAGUAAAACCCAUACCACAAUCUCAAAAUCCUACACUAAACACAAUAGUGGCUGCACGUAGCGGGCCAUGUAGGAUUAGGUUCUUCAGCUCUAUAUCUGUAUUAUCUGCGUGUUUUGAGAGUUCUAUUGAUAGAGAUGGCCUGAAAAAGGAUUAAUGAAGCAUACUUGCAGCUUCAAAGUGGCUAAGUGCAGUACCUGCCUGAAUAUGAAAACUUCUAUUAAUUCGUGAAAGACGAACACAAUUCAGCCGACCCCUUAAAUUCCACAUCUUUCUUGCCAAACAUUAUUGAGAGAUGAGUUUAUUUAGCAGUAAAGUGUGUUUUUUUAGCAUAAAAGAUCAAACUCUUUAUCUGAGCACAUUGUUUUUAUUUAUAACUUGAAUACCAAAAACUAUGACAUCAACUUGUAUCCCACCAAAUCCCCUGAACUUAUUUAGUUUCAUAGUCUCGCAGACUGGGUGUUAAAGGGAACAGACAUGAAGUAAACUGUUACUUUCCUGUCACCACAAGCUCCAACAACAACAACUAUUCAAAUAGCUAGAAACAAUACAGUAAAGUGUCAAAGAUGUAAGUAACUGUACGAUUCCAACAUAUUUUUCGGAAGUACAAGUUUCAUUUGUAAUAAUAUAUUCUCAAAGAAAUUAGUUACAAAAUUAUUUUUCCAAGAAUGCAGUUGUGUCAAGGACUUCAGUUAAAAUAUAAACUGCAGAAAUAUAAGGUGGUUAAUUUUUACUCUUUUUCGGAUGCAUGCUAAAAUGUCUGUGUUAGCACUAGAUAAAAAAAUUUUUUUUUUAAAUCAAAAUAAUAUUUCAGAAGAAAUGUCAUAUUAAAAGCAUUCUUCACAAAAAAAAAUAUAUGUUUAAAAUAAUUCAAAAAUUCACUCUUACCAACAAAAUAUAAAUAACAGCAUGAAAUAUCGGUGUAGUUCAUGAAUUAGUUGCAGUUAAAAAUUUAAAUAACAAUUUGAUUUGCCAGAAUACAAAUUUAGAAUUCUUAAGAUAUACUUGUGCUUGGGUAAUAGGGUUUCAUAACUUGUUUAUCAUGUAAUUUUUUUAUUUCUUCAUAAUGGACUAGGGUAAUAUAUCUGACAUGUUAUUGUUUUCUUUUGUGUUUAUUUAUACUCUUGCUCCUUGUUUCUGAAUGACACUUUAGACUUUAAGCCAGGUCUUCUGAAGAACUGUGCCAAGAGCU